ACCUGUUUACUGUUUGGGGAAUUUGCACAAACAAAAGAGCAGACCGGGUACCCACGAAGAGAGGAGUUGGGAUGGCAACGUCGACGUCGACCGGCAAAACUGGCGGCAGCAGCAGCAGCAGAGAUGGGUCAGCGAAAACGAUGGUGGCUGAUCAAAUCACUCAGUCCAUUCAGUCCACCUCCAAUCUCCUCCAUCUCAUGCUUCAGUCCUCCCCAUCUCAGGCCGAACUGAUGAAGCUACCAAAGACUCUUUUUGCUAAGACACCUACAAUCAAGAAUACAGAGCUGGUAUUGGAGCAGUUGCCUCAGGUGAUUUCAGCAUUGGAUGCUCAUAUGGAAAACGGGUUACAAAGUGUUCCUCAGCUGAAAACUGUAAUGCAGCUGCUCUCAAACAUGGAAAACUGCCAGCUCAAGACCUUAUCUAGGGCUCAAGCCACUCAGCAGAUUCUAUUGGUCCGGAGGCUUGUGUGAAAGGAAAACCUGUGAUUGAGCUUUGAGAUCGGCCAUGAAAUCGAGAUUUCGGUACCGAACCUUGUUGAUCAGAGUUGGGUUGCUGCCUUCAGUCCAUCAGGAGACCCAAGGUAGAUCUGCUGGCGUUCGUAGACCCUGGAGUCCCCUUCCAUGUAUCUUAUCUUCCAUGUUUUCUUGUAUUUCGAGAACAUAUGUAUUUCCUUUAAACCACUAUUUGUAGUAACUCUUAGAAGUUCGUGGAUGGUGACACUAGAUUUUGGGUAGCCGUGUAUUGGUGUUUAGACUGUUAUAAACUUCCGCAUUUUAUUAGAUCGUAUGUUUAAAAUUAUUGUCA